AUGGCUCGUGGUUCACUUCUGCCGCUCUUGGCAGUUGCCACUUUGGUGGCGCUUGCCACGCAACUGCUCGACACCGUCUUCGUGGGCAGCGUGGGAAGCCAGGCCAGGACGUCCUUGGUGCCUCGUUCUGUGGGGGUAGACUACCUCCUGCGCAACGGGCCCAAAGAUGCGGACCCUCCGUUGAUCAACACGGCUAGUGCUGCUGGCCCAUCUCAUGAGGUGACCUUCAAGAAACGUCCCUUUGGCAUUGCACGCUAUGCCCCGGGCUCCACCGGCACUGGAGCCGUGGUCAUGGAAGUGACCCCAAAGUCGCGAUACCCCGGUGAUCCACAGGGUCAGGCCUUUGUUGCUGGCGUUCAGCCAGGUUGGGUGGUGAAGGCUGUGAACGGCCAGGAUGUGACCGGUGUACCCUUCGAGAGCAUCAUGGAAUCCCUGGAUGAUGAGGUCCUUGACCCUGUGGCCGCUCUGUCCUUGAACCUUAAGGAAUCUGGCACUGUGACCAACUUCGAUUCGUCAACUCAGGCAGACAAGUCCUACGGAGCAGUUGGUGAAAGCACCUUUCAGUUCGGAGGUGGUCAGAAGGCAGAGCUGCCCAUCACCGUCACCUACGUGGAGCAGCGCUAA